GCAUCCUCUCUUUUCUUGUCCGACAUUGAGUUGUAAUUCUGCAGUCUUCGGCAAAGAUAUCAACAUGGCAGACAACUUGGAGAGCCAGCGUAACCAGCGCAUCGAUGAGAAGCACGCAACAGAGAACACCGGGGCCGGGGCACAGCGAACUCCGGCUACAGGCCGGAGCAGCAAAGGCCUCGUGCGGAGAGUCUUGAUGGCUGGGCGGGUCGAAGAAGGCGGGAUCGAGCCCAUCCCACGAGAAGUCCGAACGAAUACCAAGUAUUUCAAUGCUUUCACGAUUUGGUGCUCCAUCAACACAAACAUUCUGGCUAUCACCUUCGGUAUGCUGGGCCCGGUCUCUUUCGGCCUUGGCCUCCGAGAUUCGGCGCUCGUCAUCCUCUUCUUCAACCUGUUGUCAACACUGGCCCCGGCAUUCUUGUCAACUUUGGGCCCGAAGACUGGCAUGCGACAAAUGAUUCAAGCUCGAUUUAGUUUCGGGUACUAUUUCGUAUACAUCCCUGUCGUCCUCAAUCUCGCCACUCUCACCGGCUUCUGUGUCAUUAUUUGCGUCAUUGGUGGGCAGUGCCUUUCAGCAGUGUCCGAAGGCGACCUGUCCACUGCCGUUGGCAUCGUCUUGAUCGGCAUCGCGGCUCUGUUGAUCUCCUUCUGUGGCUUCAACGUGCUGCACUUCUACGAGGGCUACGCUUGGAUGCCGGCUCUUGUUGCCAUCAUCAUUGCGGUUGGAUGUGGCGGACAGCAGUUGCAAAAGCAGGCGCCUUUUGAGCCGGCAACAGCGGCUGGAGUCCUGAGCUUCGGUGGUGUUGUUGCCUCCUACAUGAUUCCGUGGGCCUGUAUCGCAUCCGAUCUGACUACGUACUUUGACCCUACCAGUCGGGCAGUCUCACACCGCAUCUUUGCCUACAGCUACUUGGGAUUAGUUGUGCCUACUAUCUUGCUCAUGACCUUGGGUGCGGCUAUCGGUGGCGCUAUGAGCAACAUUCCCGAGUGGCAAAUCGGCUUCGACAGCACCUUGGUCGGCGGCGUCCUUGGGGCCAUGCUUUCCCCAGCCGGCGGAUUCGGCAAAUUUAUCCUCGUCGUGCUGGCCUUCACGUUGUUGGCAAACAUCUCCGGCACUAUGUACGCGAUCACGCUGAACUUCCAGACCCUCAUCCCUUCCUUCCGCCUACCGCGCUACGUCUUCUCUGUUAUCGUUACCGCCAUUAUCAUCCCGAUCGCGGUCAAGGCAGCGCACGACUUCUUCCUCAGUCUCGAGAACUUCAUUGCGCUCAUCGGCUACUGGUCUGCUUCGUUUGUUGGAAUCGUGGUUGCCGAGCACUUUGUGUUUAGACGCGGCGACUCCAAGCUCUACGAGGUGGCUGUGUGGGAUGUACCCUCCAAGCUACCCUUAGGUAUCGCUGCUAUCGGCGCAGCUGUCUUGAGCUUUGGUCUCGUCGUGCCGUGUAUUGCGCAGGUCUGGUUUACUGGCCCCAUCUCGGUAUCGACGGGUGACAUUGGCUUUGAAGUUGCGUUCUUCUUGAGCGCUGUCUUGUAUGUGCCUCUGCGUUAUGCCGAGAAGCACUACUCAGGACGAUAGUGGGAUGUGAUGUGUAUAACAGAUAUGUUGAUAGCCUUGGACCAUAGCAUUAGCUCUCAGAGGAGCUCAGGUUACGAACAUAUCGAUGAAAGGCUUCAAUUAUUCAAUGACAAGGAUAUACUGUUC